AGCUUAGCAACAGAGUCUGAAUAAAGUAAACGCUGUCGACUCGACAGCAGCAGCAACAAUGACAAGAAAACUGUAUUUUUUAUCGUGACUGCUUUUCACUCUUGACUCAUGUGAGCCUGCUACAUUCACCGAGGCUGUCGUUGUUAGUAUGACGAAUAAAACAAAGCCAAAGUUUUGGAAAAGACUCAAAUCUCAAACCACGUCAACUCAUCUGUCGUGGCUCCCAGAGGAGUCUCUGUGUGUGUGUGGGCACAAAGGAACCGAGAAAGACCUCAAAUAUCAGGCUUUCUUUCAAAAUGAACUCAGACGUCUGCCCCGCUGAUCAGUCUGACUCCUUGUGCCCUGCAACUGUUCCUGUUGAUGGAGCCUCUGAGGUUAGCAGACAGACUGUGGCAGCUCCGCCAGGUUCAGAGGUGGAGGAUGUGGACUCCUUCAACCUGAUCGAGCCUCCUCCAUUAGACUGGAGGUCAGACUCUUCCAGUGAGGUGGGCUCAGCGGAUGAUCUGGAUGACCCCAGCUUCCCUGUCUCCAUUGACAGUCUGGACAAGAGCAGUCCAAGCGUGAGUGACACUGUGGCUCCACUUGACAUGAACCAGCAGGAGCUUGUAGGAAGAAUUGCAGAGCCAGUCCACAAUAUUGAAGUGGAAUUGGAAGGAGAGGAUGAAGUAGUUGAGGACGAGGAAAAGGUGAGGGGUGAGGACUUGAAGGAUGUUGGGGAAUACCAGGAGCAGGAGGAGGUUACCUUAAGUGAUGUGGAGAAUAGGGUCGAUGAGGAGGAGGCUGCCAACAGGAGAGCAGGUGAUGAAGACCACAGCCGCAUCCACACACUGCUCAGCCAGCUGCAGCUCAUGGGGGAAGAGCCUCAUCCCAACCGCCAGACACCACCUCACCUCGCCCAGCAUCAGUACCCCAGCCUGUCUGAGCUGGAAGCGUGUGCUCCCUCUCUAAUAGCAGACGACAGCACUGAAACCACGGGGCUGCUGUUCUCUGAAAGCCACCAGAGAGACCUGCUGGGGCUGCUGCAGUUCACAGAGAUCACAGCACCGAGUCCCCCCUGUCUGCCCCGCAGAGGGGACAUGGACGCUGUAGUGUCUGUUUCCUACAGCCAGGAGGACGCUCAAAGGUUCUGGGGGCAUUAUGGGAAUGGUCAACAGCAGAGGCACAGAGAGGACUCCCUCGCCUCGCUGCCUGAUGAUGAGUAUCCUGAGCCAGUGUGGAUGAAGAUGGGCGAGGAGCCUCCGGAGGUAGAGGAGGCUGCUGCGGACAGCGAGCAAGUUGAGAGUGAUCAUCCUACAUAUAAAGAUGUGCCUGGUCCGUGUGACCCUGAAGACCUGUUGGAUGGAGUGAUAUUUGGUGCAAAGUAUCUGGGCUCCACUCAGAUCAAAUCAGAGAAGAACCCAUCUACAAACGCCCGUAUGACGCAGGCUCAGGAGGCUGUGGACCGCAUCAAGGCUCCAGAGGGAGAGUCGCAGCCAAUGACAGAGGUGGAUCUGUUCAUCUCCACGCAGCGAAUCAAAGUUCUCACUGCUGACACACAGGAAGCCAUGAUGGAUCACGCUCUGCAGAUGAUCUCGUACAUCGCAGACAUUGGUGACAUCGUGGUCCUGAUGGCACGCAGGAAACGUAAAGGACAGGAUGGCGACCCAGCUGCUAACUCUUCCUCUUCAUCCUCCUCGGGGUCUCAGAAGAAGUGCUUAAUGAUCUGUCAUGUCUUCUCCUCUGACGAUGCUCAGGUCAUCGCCCAGGCUAUCGGUCAGGCAUUCGGAGUAGCCUACCAGCAGUUUCUUCAGGCCAGCGGCAUCAAGGCCAGUGACCUGAGGCCUGGCGAGUACAGUGACUACCUGGAAAGUCAGGAGCUCUACAACGGAGACCUGGCGCACUUCUCUGACUCUCAGAACAUCCGAGAUGUAACCAUCACCAAGGCUGCUGGAGAGAUCUUGGGUCUGGCGGUGGUGGAGUCUGGCUGGGGCUCCAUCCUGCCCACAGUGGUGGUGGCCAACCUCCUUCACGGAGGUCCUGCCGAGCGCAGCGGCGAGCUCAGCAUCGGGGACCGCAUCAUGUCUGUCAACAGCACCAGUCUGGUGGGUCUGCCCAUCGCCACCUGCCAGAACAUCAUCCGGGACUUAAAAAGCCAAAAGCAUGUGAAACUCAGUAUCGUCCACUGUCCGCCGGUCACCAUGGCGAUUAUCAGGAGGCCAGAUCCCAAGUUUCAGCUGGGCUUCAGUGUGGAGGACGGCAUUAUUUGCAGUCUGAUGCGGGGCGGUAUAGCAGAGAGAGGAGGCAUUCGUGUUGGUCAUCGCAUUAUUGAAAUCAACGGGCAGAGUGUCGUCGCCACACCGCACGACAAGAUCAUCCAGAUCCUGACCAAUGCUGUCGGAGAGAUUCACUUGAAGACCAUGCCAGCGUCAACAUAUCGACUCCUAACAGGACAAGAGCAGCCAGUGUUCCUUUGAGCACUUUCUGCUGCAUCAAGGACAAAAAUACUGCACAGUGUUCAAGCUACAUGAACUUUUGCCAAACCAAGAAAAUAUUAUGCAAUUGAUCACACAGCACAUCAUGGCUGUUGUCACAUCACUGAAUACAACAAACUAGUCUAGCUAUAUAUUUUAAAGGUGUAAAGCACGUUGGAGUAUUGUGAAAGCAUAUUUUAAAGUGACAGGGAUAGAUGGUAGUGCUCAAUUUAUAUUUAUCUAUUUAACAAUGCAGGCAGUAGCUGAGAUGCAAUAAUCGAUAAACGGAAUAUAUUUUGACUCGACUAACUUUUACAUGGUGGUGAAUGGUGUUGAGAAUAUUUUAGAGUGUUUGGUCUUCCAGCCCGGUGUGUUGCCAGUGUGCCUCAGCUGAACGCGCUUUGCAAAGGAAACCUUAUUGAAUCAGGACAAAGAGUCUGCGUAUUUCAUUGUGACGUACUUCCAGUCCCUCACGUACACAUGCAUAUCAACAAGUGUCUGCCACGCGCUUCAGAGUAGACUAUUUAGUCCAGUUCAUUCAUACAUGCUUCCCUAACGGUGCCUGACAGGAAGCAGAUCAUGCACAAUUAAAGGUAAUUGCCUUAUUUCAUAGAGAGAUGCAUAUAUUUUUAAGAACUUGCUGUUUUGGAUGUUCAUUAAAAUGAUCUGUAAGAUAUCUUCUUGAUGUUAUUUAUUGAGAGUCAGUGGUUGAUGAAUAAGUUUCAGAUGCAAGGUUUUUUGUUUUUCAUUUUAAAACAUUUACAUGCCCAUUAACACCUGAGUUAGAGCUACUGUAUAUUUAAAUUUGGACUUGUUUUUGCAAUAUAUGUAGUUGAAAAAAUAUAUCAAAUUGAUAAUAGCACAGGUCUUGUAAGAGAAUCUAUGUAAUAAUUGCAAAUGUAAUGCUAUUAAUUAAUAUCCUUACUGCUUUUUUAUUAGUUUUAAUUAAGGAUUCAAUGUCAUCACAUGCUACUUGUGCUAAUAAAGUAAUGCCUUUUAUUUA